CUCGACAACGUUUUGAUGGAAGGCUCAAAGCAAGCAUUAUUUCAACUUGGAUGUAAAUAAAGACAACGUGUCCAAAAUCCCGGUUAAGAUUUGUUUCACAUCGCCAACAAAAUGACAACCGUUGCGACACAGAUUGCAGCAGUAGAGACUGAGAUUGAGGGAUGUGAAAAACGCUUGGAUGUGAUUGAGCGUUCUCUACGCCUCGAUGAUGACAUGACCGACCCAGAUAGAAAUGAUCUAAAAGAAGAAGCAAAGCGAGUCAGAAAGACUCUGACAAAUCACAAGGGUGAACUGAAGAAGCUACGGAAGGAGAACUGGAAGAACAUGUUACUGUCGGUGUUAUUGAUGGGACUAGUUUACCUAACCUACCACUACAUCUGGGCACCCUAACGACAAUUAAAGACGUCUUUUAUUUUAUAUAGA